AUGCGAGGCAACAGAUACAAGUCAAUUCUCAAUGAGUUCAUGGCGUUUCGAGCUGGUCAUACCUUCAGUACGGACAUUAGCUUCAGUCAAGACACCCUGUUGGAGAUCACACCCGACGACGUGUGUCACUGGAUGAAUUUUCGCGCGUUUGGAGACGCCAAUCCUGCGGAGGACGCAAAACCGGUGAACGCCCGUGCGUCCACCUUGGAAUACGCCAAGAAAGCGAUUUCCUCUUUCAUGCCACGCCGCACAGUUCCUUGGGACCCUAUUCGCAACGAAGGGAAUCCAACUCGCUCAGAGACUGUAAAUGCAGUAAUUAAGAAGGUGAAGCGAUGCGAGGUACGACGAGAAGGAGUCCAAUCGGCAGCUAGGCGUCCGAUCGAGUAUGGUGAAUUUCUUAAUCUACUGGAUCAAGUUCACACGGGAAACGGCAAGGGUUCACUGAAGUAUUUAGUCUGUGCUGUGCUCACCAUGCAAUGGCACCUCAUUGCACGCAUUGACGACAUGAUGAAACUGAAGUUCGAUAGCUUUUCGUGCAGCAUUCACCACCCAGGUUCAUUGAUUUGUCAAUUGCGUUGGUCGAAAAAUAUCUCAGAGGAGCGGGACGCACCGGAACAAAUUGUGUUAGGCAGCAUGGAUCCUCGGCUUUGCGCGCUGCUCAACUUGGCAAUACAUGUGGAGAUGACGGAUAAAGCAGCACUUUCACCGUUUGUAUUUGGUAAUCCACAAGACGGAGAUCGCGUCGUCCGUCGUUUUCUGCAAGACGUUUUUGAAGGAACCGACUUUCACAAACUCAAAGCAGGCAAUUUGGGUCCUGCGCUUAAGGAGGCCCUAGGUGAAGAGCUGGCUCGGGUGCUCGCGUUGCCGCUCCUUUGGGCAGCAUUAGUGCCGCGUGGAAGUUUUGACUAUGAAAUCAUUCCAGCUGCUCUUAAGCGGCGCAUUAUUCAAGCCUAUUUGGGUGUUGGUGGGAAAGAAGACGUCAAUGUUGUGGAACGUGUACCCAUUCACGUUGUUGGUGAUGGUGCUCAGCUUCAACUCGUCGAAGUACAUGAUAAUGCUGGUGAAAAUGGCGUUUUGGAUCGCCAAAAUGGCGGCUUGACUGCUGACAGCACUCGCAAGGAAUUCGCUUCGAUUCACUCUCAAUUAUUCAGUUUACAGCGACAAACGGCAAAUUUGCUGAACGAAAUUCAUCGCUCUCGCACAGAGAGACAGCGGGAAAAUCAAAAGAUUCUGGCAGUGAUUCGACGUAUAGCCCUGCAACCUGUAGUUCGCACGAUACACCCUCACUCUCAGCAAAUGGAGGUGGAGACGGAGUAG